AUGAUGAAAAAAAAUGACAAACAAGUUGUUUCACAGAUGCAAAGAAUUGCUAUUGUGAAUAAUGAUAGAUGUAAGCCAAAAAAUUGUGGACAAGCUUGUAAAAAAUCAUGUCCUGUUGUUAAAUUAGGAAAACAAUGUAUAGUUGUAGAACCAACUUCAAAAAUUGCUCAAUUAUCUGAAGUUUUGUGUAUUGGUUGUGGUAUUUGUGUUAAGAAAUGUCCUUAUGGUGCUAUUAGUAUUAUUAAUUUACCUUCAAAUUUGGAGAAAGACACAACACAUCGGUACUCUGCUAAUUCAUUUAAACUUCAUCGUCUUCCAACACCAAGACCCGGUGAGGUAUUAGGUUUAGUUGGUACUAAUGGUAUUGGAAAAUCAACAGCAUUAAAAAUAUUAGCUGGAAAAUUGAAACCAAAUCUUGGUAAAUUUGACCAACCACCAGAAUGGACAGCUAUUCUUAACUAUUUUCGUGGUUCAGAAUUACAAAAUUAUUUUACAAAAAUUUUGGAAGAUAAAUUUAAAGCACUAGUUAAACCACAAUAUGUUGAUCAAAUCCCAAAAUCAUUAAAGAAAAUGAUGACAGUUGAACAAUUAUUAACGAGAAAUGAACCACCACCAGAGAAGUUAAAGGAAAUUGUAGAGAAAAUGGAGUUGGUUAAUUUAAUGGAUCGUAAUAUUGAUAUUCUUUCUGGUGGAGAAUUACAACGCUUUGCCAUUGCAAUGUGUCUUAUUCAAAACGCUGAUGUCUUUAUGUUUGAUGAACCUUCAUCAUAUCUUGAUAUUAAACAAAGACUUGAAGCAGCUAAAGGAAUACGUGAAUGCAUAGCUGGAAAUAAAUAUGUUUUAGUUGUUGAGCAUGAUCUUGCCGUUCUUGAUUAUCUCUCUGAUUUUGUUUGUUGUUUAUAUGGAGCACCAGGAGCCUAUGGUGUUGUAACAUUACCUUCAUCUGUAAGAGAAGGUAUUAAUCAUUUCUUAGAUGGUUUUUUGCCAACUGAAAAUAUGAGAUUCCGUGAUACUGCUUUGUCAUUUAAAGUUACCGAUCAAUUAGAAAGAGAUGCAACUAAAAGAGAUUGCCUUUAUCAGUAUCCAUCAUUUCAAAAGAAAUUAGGCAACUUUGAAUUGAAUGCUACUGCUGGUGACUUUACUGAUUCAGAAAUUAUUGUUAUGCUUGGUGAAAAUGGUACAGGAAAAACAACAUUUAUUAGACUUUUAGCUGGUUCUUUGAAACUUGAUGAUGAUUCUGUUGAAAUACCAACUCUUAAUAUAUCAUACAAACCACAAAAAAUUGCUCCAAAAUCACAAACACUAGUCAGAUAUAUGUUGGCUGAAAAAAUUCCUGAUAUGAUUAAUCAUCCAACUUUCAAAACUGAUGUUAUGAAUCCUCUUCAAAUUGAACCACUUCUUGAUCUCCAAGUUCAAAAUUUAUCAGGUGGAGAGUUACAAAGAGUUGCUUUAUGUUUAUGUCUUGGAAAACCAGCAGAUGUAUAUCUUAUUGAUGAACCAUCAGCUUAUUUAGAUGCAGAACAGCGUCUUCAAGCUGCCAAAGUUAUUAAAAGGCAUAUUCUUCAUGCCAAGAAGACGGCAUUUAUUGUAGAACAUGACUUUAUAAUGUCUACUUAUUUAGCAGAUCGUGUUAUUGUUUUUGAUGGUUUACCAGGAAAACAAAGUUUUGCCAAUAAACCUGUUAGUUUGGUUGAAGGAAUGAAUAAAUUCUUAAGAAUUCUUGAUAUUUCUUUCCGUCGUGAUAAAGAAACAUAUAGACCUAGAAUCAAUAAGAAAGAUUCUGUUAAAGAUGUUGAACAAAAAAGGGCAGGAAACUUUUUCUUCCUUGAUGAUUAA